AAAUGAUAGACGAUUAUUUUUCAGUGAAAUUUUAUACACUGAAUGUGCCAUUUGCAGCGCUGUUAGUGGGAUAUUCGCAAAGAGAGAUGUCCCUGGAAUUUGCGAGGCUCGUGUGCAAAGGCCGACAUUAUUGCAAACAUCUAAUCGUAAACGGAUAACCUUAAAAUCUGUUCUAAUAAAAGUAUGAAGUGACUACUAAUAAACGAUACGCAAGUGCUCGGUUUGCAUAACGCUAGGGGCGGCUCUGUUUGCGAGCAAUGCAUUAUCAUCACUACCGUCGACCAGACUGCACUCAGACCACUUUCACUCAUGCGUUUCGUGAUUAACUCGUUUUCGUUCGUGUAUUUUGCCAUUUUACCUUUGUAUCUCGCGUAACUGCGAUCGGAACUCGGGACGGUUGCGUGAAGUUUGCCAAAGGUGCACCGCACUGUGAGAAUUGCCGGUUAAAAUUCCACUGGCUGACGAUAAAAAAAAAAAAAAACACACGCCCACCGAUCGGUCAUCGGCGUUUUGCUAUCGAUUCAAAUGGAUUAUCGCCAACUAAAGAGAGAUAUACGGAAUAACGUGUGCGAUGGAUCAAAGGACAAAUGGAAGAUGGACACAAGCGUUGCAAGAUUUUCCCAAUAAACGAUGGUAUAAAAAUGAAGUUUGAAGAAGGAACAGAAGUACUUGCUAGACAUCCAAGUACAGAUGAAUUUCUUAAGGGGAAGGUAUUAAGUGUGAGGGGUGAUUCUUACAGGAUAAAAUUUGAAACAGGCAAUGAACGUACUAUUCAUUCAAAUGAUGUUAAGAUCAGUAGACCGUCUAGAAGUACAGCAAAAUCAAGCUCUUUAGGUAAAAAAAGUCCAACUAGAUCUGGUAAAAAAUCUCCAAGUAGACGUUCACCUGGAAGAUCCUCAUCUUCAAGUAAACAGGCUUCAUCCAAAAGUACAAAAUUUGCAAAAAUCUCAUUACCACGAAUACAAUUAUCUGAUGAUGCAGUUAAAACUGAUAAUACUGUCAGUAAAAGAAGUACAAAAGAUGAAGAUUUUUUUGAUCCAGCAUCUCUUCAGUCUCAAUUAAAAGAAAUGAGUACAGUCACGCGUAGAUCAACGAGGCUCUUCUCGGGUGCGCUAAAACCUGAAUCAGACCAUAAAAUGGUUAUGUUAACAAGAAAUAUUAAUAGAGCUGUCUCGCUUCCUUUAGAAAGGAAAAGUCAGUUGUUCGAUUUUAAUUUUAUUGAGGGGAAAGAAAGAGGUCACUCGGUACAAAGAGAUCAAGAUUUGUUAAAGACUUUAAACUACGAAGAAGAUGUUGAUUUGAGUACACAGGUAAUGGAAAAACGGGAAAAGGAAAUAAAUAUCGUUAGCGAACCACAGGAAUGGGGAGGGUGGCUUGGUAGUCUCAUUCUAAUAUUUUUAUUACCUUUGAGUACAAUUUUACCACAGUUAAUGUGCACAGAAAAGCGGUGUUCAUUUGGAUACCCUAAUAUAACUACAGAUUUAAAUACCUAUAUAAAUUUAGAAGCUUUUGUUGCAUAUUUGGGAUAUUUGCUUUUCGUGGCUAUUAGUUCAAUUAUUCCAGUUGGACGUAAAAUUUAUGGCCCACAGAGCAGGAUGGAAAGAUUACAAUAUCGUUCAAACGGAUUUUUAAGUGCUGUUUUAUCGUUAUUUGUACUUAUCAUGUGUAUAUACCAAGACAUAAAAGUCACUGAUUUCAUUAUAGAAAAUUGUGUACAGUUGUCAAUUAGUGGUUGGAUCAUUGGAACAAUUUUAUCAGUGUUAUUAUUUUUAAAGAGUGAUAACGCUCCCAUAGCUAAUCUUAAUAUACACGGAUCAACAAAUAGUACGAUAUAUAACUUUUGGCAAGGAAGAGAAAUUAAUCCCAGAAUCGGUCCUAUAGACUUUAAACUAUGUCUCUUCCGUUCAUCUCUAAUAGCUGUGAUUCUUGUUAACUUAUCUAUCGUAAUUAAAACAGUCGAAGAAGCCGAAAGUUACAGCUUAGAACACCUUAAUGUUAGUGUGUUAUUAACUUGUUUACUACAAAUAAUUUAUGCAAUGGAUACCUUGUUCUUUGAGUCUGCAAUUUUAACAACUUUUGAGAUAAUGUAUGAAGGAACUGGUUACAUGUUAUGUGUUGGAUAUUUUCUAUUUCCAUUUUUACCGACACUUACAACAAAGUAUAUGUUGUACCAUAAAACACAGUUGAGUUACUUGAAUGUUCUUCCUGUACUGCCUUUUAUAAUUGGAUAUUUACUGUAUAGGAUUAGUAACUUACAAAAGAACGAAUUCAGACAGAAUCCUUUAUCUCCAUCACUCGCACAUCUGGAAACCAUACCGACGAUACGCGGUACGAAACUUAUAGUGUCAGGUUUGUGGGGUUACGUGAGACACCCAAAUUAUUUGGGUGACAUAAUCAUGUGGUGGUCGAUAUCGUGUACAAGUUUGGCAUGUGAUGUUUUGCCUUAUUAUUAUGCGGUUAUGUGUACAGCAUUGUUAGUACACAGAGCAGUAAGGGACAAUGAACGUUGUAAAAUGCGCUACGGUUUAGCUUGGGAACAGUAUAUAUCACGGGUUAGAUACAUGAUUUUAUAUCGUAUAUUUUAGAGCAUUAUGUAUACAAUGAUAGUAAGGUAUUUUUAGAUACCAAAAUGUGUCACAGAACUGUACCUUGAAAACAACAAUGCUCAUUAUUUUAUAGAAUGAAAUACUUUAAAUGCGUACAUUGUAGUUUUAAGACGAUGUUGAAUAUAUACCGUAGUUCACCAGAGUCCAUAA